AUGGGCAACAAUACCAGCAGUAGCGCCGGCGCCUCCGCCAAUGUGCGUCCACAUGGCAAGCGUACCACUGCAUCACACCGUCGUGCGCAACAACAGGCACAUGUACAGACACAACAGGUUACUACGGAGAUCACUGCUGUGCCCGUGCCACAACCUCCUGCACCCCCAGCCGUGCGUUCCAAACCGCAACGUAAACCUUCCAAAGAACUGAUUACCGGUGAAUUAUCCGACGUGAAUGAAUUUUAUGACAUUGCCAAGAAGGAAUUGGGUCAUGGUCACUAUGGGACUGUUCGUGUGGGUGUGAGUAAAACCACAGGCGAGAAAGUUGCUAUUAAGACCAUUCCCAAGGCUAAAGUGAGUCGUCCCGAGACGAUGCGACGUGAGAUUAACAUUCUCAAGACUCUGGACCAUCCGAACAUUAUUAAACUUUAUAAUGUCUGUGAAAGCAGUCGUCAUCUCCAUUUGGUCACGGAACUCUGUACAGGAGGAGAAUUAUUUGAUCGCAUUAUUGCACGUGGUCAUUACAGUGAAGCUGAUGCUGCUGUGCUCGUGCUAAAGAUCUGUGAUGCCGUCAAGCACUGUCAUGACCGAGACAUUUGCCAUCGUGAUUUGAAACCAGAGAACUUUUUGUUUGCUACAAAGGCAGAGGAUGCAGAACUUAAGGUCAUUGAUUUUGGACUCUCACGCAUGGAUGAUGGUCUUAGUGCUGGUGUCAUGACCACACGUGUUGGUACUCCUUACUAUAUUGCACCCGAGGUACUGGGACGUCAUUACGACAAGUCUUGUGAUCUAUGGAGUAUCGGUGUCAUUAUGUACAUCUUGUUAUGUGGAUACCCACCGUUCUAUGGUGACACGGACCCCGAGAUCUUUGCAUCGGUUCGUGCUGGUCGCUACGAUUUUGACUCGCCCGAAUGGACAAAUGUGAGUGACGAAGCAAAGGAUCUCAUUAGCCACUUACUGCUGGUGGACGCCUCCAAGCGGUUGACGGCGGAAGAGGUGUUACGUCACCCGUGGAUCUCAGGAUCGGCGCCGAGAUCGAGCAUGACGCUGAACCCGAACAUCUUCUCGAGCUUGAAACGCUUCACAGGCAACAACAAGCUCAAGAAGGCGGCCCUUGGUGUCAUCGCAGACCUAGCCACGGAGGGAGAGAUUGCAGAGUUGAAGAAUCAGUUCAUGGCGAUUGAUACUGAUGGCAACGGAGUGAUCACGGUGUCUGAGCUAGCGGAGGCGCUGCGUGACACUGGUCUCGGAAUGAUUGAGGAAGAGGUGCUGGAACUUGUUAAGGGCAUUGACAUUGACGGUGAUGGGCUUGUUGACUAUCCAGAGUUUCUGGCGGCUACCAUGAAGCGGAACCUGGCCAACCAGAAGGAGCACCUUAUGAACGCAUUUAAUUAUUUUGACACCACGAACACGGGGAACAUUACCAAGGCCGACCUCGUGCAGUUCAUGGGCAGUGAAGAACAGGCGCAAGAGAUCAUUAAUGAUGUGGAUGCAAAUGGUGACGGUGUCAUCAGCUUUGAGGAGUUCGUGGCGAUGAUGAACCGCAAAGGAUACGGUGAUGACUCGGAAAUGGACAGCCAGGACGAUAGUAGCUUUCUUUUAGCGACGACACAGUACAUCAGUGGCAACGUCCCGUCUCCCAUCAAGGAGACUGAGCUAUAA